ACAUCCAUCAAUUCCAGUUCAUAUCCAUCUACAUAUACCUGACUUUAUUAUUUCUCCCUAAACAACUAUCACCGCAAUCAUGGUUACCAAGGUCGGCAUCAACGGUUUCGGCCGUAUUGGACGUAUUGUCUUCCGUAACAUCAUCGAGCACGGUGAGGCCGAGGUCGUCGCUGUCAACGACCCCUUCAUUGAGACUCACUACGCUGCCUACAUGCUCAAGUAUGACACCCAGCACGGUCAGUUCAAGGGAACCAUCGAGGUUGAUGGCACCGACCUUGUCGUCAACGGCAAGCGCGUCAAGUUCUACCAGGAGCGUGACCCCGCCAACAUCAAGUGGUCCGAGACUGGUGCUGCUUACAUUGUCGAGUCCACCGGUGUCUUCACCACCACCGAGAAGGCCUCUGCUCACUUGAAGGGUGGCGCCAAGAAGGUCGUCAUCUCUGCUCCUUCCGCGGAUGCUCCUAUGUUCGUCAUGGGCGUCAACCACACCGAAUACAAGCCCGAGAACACCAUCAUCUCCAACGCUUCUUGCACCACCAACUGCUUGGCUCCCCUCGCCAAGAUCGUCAACGACAACUGGGGUCUCGUUGAGGGUCUCAUGACCACCGUCCACUCCUACACUGCCACCCAGAAGACCGUCGAUGGUCCUUCCGCUAAGGACUGGCGUGGUGGCCGUACUGCUGCUCAGAACAUCAUUCCUAGCAGCACUGGUGCCGCCAAGGCUGUUGGAAAGGUCAUUCCUUCCCUCAAUGGAAAGCUCACUGGAAUGUCCAUGCGUGUGCCUACUUCCAACGUCUCCGUUGUUGACUUGACCUGCCGCACUGAGAAGCCUGUUUCCUACGACGAGAUCAAGAAGGUCGUCAAGCAGUACUCUGAGGGAGAACUUAAGGGUAUUAUGGGCUACACUGAGGAUGACGUUGUCUCCUCCGACUUGAACGGCAACACCAACAGCUCCAUCUUCGAUGCCAAGGCUGGUAUUGCCCUUAACUCCAACUUCAUCAAGCUCGUCAGCUGGUACGACAACGAGUGGGGCUACUCUCGCCGUGUUGUUGACCUCAUUGUUUACAUCUCCAAGGUUGACGGCAACGCUUAGGAAUCAGCAGCCACUUUUCGAAGUGUGCUCUAGAUGCUGAAAUAUCCUCGACCACAUAGAGGAAACGAAACUUGUUCCAAUUUUGAUCGGAUAUCUGGAACGAGAAGUUAUGAAUUGGCAAAUUGAUGAUGUGCUCCGAAAAUUAGAACGAGACUGUUAUUAUCUCUCUUUCCAUGACAAUAAAUAGUUUAAUGAAUUGAUGUUAUUCC